AGAUUCUUCAGCUUGUUGUCUCUAACCGAGGAAGCGUUGAUUGAGAACUACUCAUUCAGAAAAUUAAAAGAAAGAAGCCAGAACAUACUAUCAACCCUUUGAGAACACAACAUACCGAACUUGACUAUUUUACCACUUCCUUCAAUAGGAGAAGUGACAGGGCUUUGAAGAAUGGCAGAUGAACGGAAAGAUGAAGCAAAGGCACCUCAUUGGACCUCAGCUCAACUAACAGAGGCAUCUGCGCACCCACAUCCGCCUGAGAUUAAGGAUCAAGGUGGGGCAGGGGAAGGACUGGUCCGGAGCGCCAAUGGCUUCCCAUACAGGGAAGAUGAAGAGGGUGCCUUUGGAGACCACAGGUCACAGGGCACCUAUUCAGAUACCAGAGAGAAUGGAAUCAACGGAGAGCUGACCUCAGCUGACAGAGAAACAGCAGAGGAGGUGUCUGCAAGGAUAGUUCAAGUAGUCACGGCUGAGGCUGUAGCAGUCCUGAAAGGUGAACAAGAGAAAGAAGCUCAGCAUAAAGAUCAGCCUGCAGCUCUGCCUUUAGCAGCUGAAGAGACAGCUAAUCUGCCUCCUUCUCCACCCCCAUCACCAGCCUCAGAACAGACUGUCACAGUGGAGGAAGAUUUACUUGCAGCCUCGAAGAUGGAGUUCCAGGAUCAGCAGCAAUUGACUCCCUCUGCAGCUGAACAUUUAGACAAGAAGGAAAAGGAGUCAGAGAAGCAAAGUAAGCCUGGUGAAGACCUUAAAAAUGCUGCCUUAUUUUCUCAGCCAGAGAUGACUAAAACUUACCCUGAUAAAAAGGACAUGCAAGGCACAGAAGAAGAAAAAGCACCUCCUGCUCUGUUUGGGCACACUCUUGGAGCUAGCCUAGAAGACAUGAAACAGAAGACAGAACCAAGCCUAGUAGUACCUGGCAUUGACCUCCCUACAGAGCCUUCAGCUCCAAAAGAACAAAAGGACUGGUUCAUUGAAAUGCCAAUGGAAGCAAAAAAGGAUGAAUGGGGCUUAGUUGCUCCAAUAUCUCCUGGCCCCCUGACACCCAUGAGGGAAAUAGAUGUUCUUGAGGAUAUCCCAAAAUGGGAAGGGAAACAAUUUGAUUCUCCCAUGCCAAGUCCCUUUCAAGGUGGAACCUUCACUCUUCCCUUAGAUGUCAUGAAGAAUGAAAUAGUUACAGAAGCAUUGCCCUUUGCCCCUGCACUCUUACAGCCAGAUGACAAAAAAUUUCUUCAGGAAACCAGUGGCCCAGCUACUGCCAAAGACUUUUCUAAAGUUGAAGAGCUCCAUAAGGAUAAACCUGACAAAAUGGCAGAAGCACCAGUUUCAGAGGCAAUUACCUUAUCCAAAGAUGCUCAUGUUCCAGUUGCAGAAGAAUGUGUCAUGGAGAAGGUUUUAGGUGAUGAAAAAGGGACCAUAAAUCAAGAGAGUGUGCAGAAAAAAGAGACUUCCUCCCCCAGUGGACAGGAACCUACAAUUGCUGAAAAGGAACCUCAGCUAAAAUCUGAAGAAAAAACAACUAUUUCUGAUAAAGAAGCUCUUCCAGAAGAGAGUAAACCCCCCAAAGUGACAGAUGAAGAAACAGGCAUAAUUCAGACAUCCACAGAGCACACCUUUUCAGAAGAAGAACAGAAAGGCCAAGAGCCUACCACAGAUAUAUUAAAACAAGACUCAUUCCCUGUAAGUUUGGAGCAAGCAAUUACAGAUUCACAUGUGACCUCUGAGACACUGGAGAAAGUCAUGCCCAAACCAGCUGCACUAAGUGAAAAGAUUGCAGCCCAGGAGCUUUUUGAAGAGAAACUUGCUGACAAAGAUAAUAAGGUUGAAGGAAUGGGAGCUGCACCAUUCCCCGAGCCUGACAUGCUGUUUUAUGAAGAUAAGUCAGGCAUGUCCAAAUACUUUGAGACAUCUGCCUUGAAAGAAGAAGUAACAAAAGGCAUUCAGCCAGGCAGUGAUUACUAUGAACUGAGUGACACAAGAGAAAGUGCCCAUGAGUGUACUGAUACUAUGUCUCUCAUGCAUAAAAAUGGUGACAAGGGAUUUCAAGCAGGAAAAGAAACCCAGCCCAGUGCUCCGGCACAAGAAGCAGGGUAUAGCACGCUUGCACAGAGUCAUCCGUCUGAUCUAUCUGAAGAACCCAGUUCUCCUCAAGAAAGAAUGUUCACUAUUGAUCCAAAAGUUUAUGGGGAGAAAAGAGAUCUGCACAGUAAGAAUAAAGAUGAUUUAACACUUAGCAGGAGUUUAGGACUGGGUGGUAGGUCUGCCAUAGAACAAAGAAGCAUGUCAAUCAACUUGCCCAUGUCUUGCCUGGAUUCCAUAGCCCUAGGAUUUAACUUUGGUCGGGGGCAUGAUCUUUCUCCUCUGGCUUCUGAUAUUCUAACCAACACUAGUGGAAGCAUGGAUGAAGGGGAUGACUACCUUCCAGCCACCACACCUGCCCUUGAGAAAGCCCCUUGCUUCCCAGUAGAAAGCAAAGAGGAAGAACAGAUAGAGAAAGAAAAAGCUUCUGGAGAGGAAAAUACUCAAGUCGAGACAUCAUGUGAGUCACCUUUCUUAGCCAAAGAUUAUUACAAAAAUGGUACCGUCAUGGCUCCUGACCUGCCUGAGAUGCUGGAUCUAGCAGGCACAAGGUCAAGAUUAGCUUCUGUGAGUGCAGAUGCUGAAGUUGCCAGGAGGAAAUCAGUCCCAUCAGAGACUGUUGUUGAGGAGAGUAGUCCUGGCUUGCCCCCCGUAAGUGAUGAAAACCAUGUCAUUGUAAAAACAGAUAGUCAGCUUGAAGACCUGGGCUAUUGUGUGUUCAAUAAAUACACAGUCCCACUCCCAUCACCUGUUCAAGACAGUGAGAACUUAUCAGGGGAGAGUGGUUCCUUUUAUGAAGGCACUGAGGAUAAAAUUCGAAGGGAUUUGGCCACAGACCUUUCACUGAUUGAAGUAAAACUGGCAGCUGCUGGAAAAAUCAAAGAUGAGUUCAGUGCUGAGAAAGAAACAUCCCUACAUAUCUCUGGUGAUAAAUCAGGACUGGGUAGGGAGUUUGACCAGGAAAGGAAAGCUAAUGAUAAGCUAGAUACUGUUCUAGAAAAGAGUGAAGAACAUGCUGAUUCAAAAGAACAUGCCAAGGAAACAGAAGAGCCUGGUGAUAAAGUUGAAACAUUUGGAUUAGGAGUAACCUAUAAACAAGCUUCAGACAAAGAACUGACAGUAUCAAAAGAUGCAUCAUCUGAGAAAGCAGACAAAGGUCUUAGUUCAGUGCCAGAGGUAGCUGAGUUAGAGCCAUCCAAAAAAGCUGAACAAGGACUGGAUUUUGCUGCAAAGAAAGCUGACCAGGGUCAAUUAGAUAUUAAAAUCAGUGACUUUGGACAGAUGGCUGCAGGGCUAAACAUAGGUGUAGAAAAGACAACAGAGCUUAAACUCGAGACCACACAGGAAUUGACCCCCUCAGCCAAAGCAUCUCAAGAGGCAGAUGCAUUUAUGGGUGUUGAGACUGGCCACAUGAAAGAAGGCACCAAAGUUAAUGAGACAGAAGUCAAAGAGAAGGUGGCCAAGCCCGACUUGGUGCACCAGGAGGCUGUAGACAAGGAGGAGUCCUAUGAGUCUAGUGGUGAGCACGAAAGUCUCACCAUGGAGUCCUUGAAGCCUGAUGAGGGCAAGAAGGAAACAUCUCCAGAAUCAUCUCUAAUUCAAGAUGAGAUUGCCAUCAAACUGUCAGUGGAAAUACCUUGCCCACCUGCUGUUUCAGAGGCUGAGUUAGCCACCGAUGAGACAGCUGAUGUCCAGAUGGAAUUUAUUCAGCCACCAAAAGAAGAAAGCAAAGAGACCCCAGAUAUAUCUAUCACACCCUCUGACGUUACAGAGCCGUUGCUUGAAGCGAUCGUGUCUGAACCAGUGGAGGCUCAGGGUGAAGAAGACGAGAUAGAAGCCCAGGGAGAAUAUGAUAAACUGCUCUUCCGCUCAGACACCCUUCAGAUCACCGACCUGGGUGUUCCAGGUGUCAGGGAGGAAUUUGUGGAGACCUGUCCAGGUGAACACAAAGGAGUGAUCGAAUCCGUUGUGACCAUUGAAGAUGAUUUCAUCACUGUUGUGCAAACCACAACUGAUGAAGGAGAGUCAGGGUCCCACAGUGUGCGUUUUGCAGCCCUGGAGCAGCCUGAGGUGGAAAGGAGACCAUCCCCUCAUGACGAAGAAGAGCUCGAAGUGGAAGUGGCAGCUGAAGCCCAGGCAGAACCCAAGGAAGGCUCCCCAGAAGCUCCAGCUUCCCCUGAGAGAGAAGAGGUCGUACUCUCAGAAUACAAGACAGAAACCUAUGAUGAGUACAAAGACGAGACCACCAUUGAUGACUCCAUCAUGGAUGCUGACAGCCUCUGGGUGGACACUCAAGAUGAUGAUAGGAGCAUCAUGACAGAACAGUUAGAAACUAUUCCUAAAGAGGAGAAAGCUGAAAAGGAAGCUCGGAGAUCAUCUCUUGAGAAACAUAGAAAAGAAAAGCCUUUUAAAACCGGGAGAGGCAGAAUUUCCACUCCUGAAAGAAAAAUAGCUAAAAAGGAACCUAGCACAGUCUCCAGAGAUGAAGUGAGAAGGAAAAAAGCAGUUUAUAAGAAGGCUGAACUUGCUAAAAAAACAGAAGUUCAGGCCCACUCUCCCUCCAGGAAAUUCAUUUUAAAACCUGCUAUCAAAUAUACUAGACCAACUCAUCUCUCCUGUGUUAAGCGGAAAACGACAGCAGCAAGUGGUGAAUCAACUCAGGCUCCCAGUGUAUUUAAACAGGCAAAGGACAAAAUCUCUAAUUCUACUCUGUCAAAGAUUCCUGCUUUACAGGGUAGCACAAAGUCCCCAAGAUACAGCUCAGCCUGCCCUAGUACGACUGUAAGGGCUACAUUUUCUGACAGUUUUUUAAUACAGCCCACCUCAGCGGGCUCCACAGACCGUUUGCCAUACUCAGAAUCAGGGAACAAGGAGGGAGUAACCAAGAGCCCAGAAAAGCGCUCUGCUCUCCCGAGACCUUCGUCCAUUCUCCCUCCUCGCCGGGGUGUAUCAGGAGACAGAGACGAGAGUUCCUUCUCUCUCAACAGUUCCAUCUCCUCUUCAGCACGACGGACUACCAGGUCAGAGCCAAUUCGCAGAGCAGGAAAAAGUGGUACCUCAACCCCCACGACCCCCGGAUCAACUGCCAUCACUCCUGGUACCCCACCAAGCUAUUCUUCACGCACACCUGGCACCCCUGGAACCCCUAGCUAUCCCAGGACCCCUCACACACCAGGAACCCCCAAAUCUGCCAUCUUGGUGCCCAGUGAGAAGAAAGUCGCCAUCAUACGUACUCCUCCAAAAUCUCCUGCUACUCCCAAGCAGCUUAGGCUUAUUAACCAACCACUGCCAGACCUGAAGAAUGUCAAGUCCAAAAUCGGUUCGACAGACAACAUCAAAUACCAGCCUAAAGGGGGGCAGGUUAGGAUUUUAAACAAGAAGAUCGAUUUUAGUAAAGUUCAGUCCCGAUGUGGUUCCAAGGAUAACAUCAAACAUUCUGCUGGGGGCGGAAACGUACAAAUUGUUACCAAGAAGAUAGACCUAAGCCAUGUGACAUCCAAAUGUGGCUCUCUGAAGAACAUCCGCCACAGGCCAGGUGGUGGACGUGUGAAAAUUGAGAGUGUAAAACUGGAUUUCAAAGAAAAGGCCCAAGCUAAAGUUGGUUCACUCGACAAUGCUCACCAUGUACCUGGAGGUGGUAAUGUCAAGAUUGACAGCCAAAAGUUGAACUUCAGAGAGCAUGCUAAGGCUCGUGUGGACCAUGGGGCUGAGAUCAUUACACAGUCCCCAGGCAGAUCCAGUGUGGCAUCACCCCGGCGACUCAGCAACGUCUCCUCUUCUGGAAGCAUCAACCUGCUCGAAUCUCCUCAGCUUGCCACUUUAGCUGAGGAUGUCACUGCUGCACUUGCUAAGCAGGGCUUGUGAAUAGUUCUCAUGUAGCAUUGAAGUAAUAAUAUUUAGGCAUGAGCUCUUGGCAGGAGUGGCUCUGAGCAGGUGUUAUCUUCAUUCUUUACAAACCAUGAAAUAAAU